CCUACUAUUGUAAAGGCGCAGGACAUGAAUAUAAAUGUAGUCGUGCGGACGUUCCUUGAAAACCUUCCGGGGGCGCACAGCACGUAAAGUAAUAUUCAGGAGACACGCCAUGACUAGUUGGAUUCGUCCAUUCGCUAACGCCCCUAAGCCUUUCAGCAAAUUAAUUAGGCCCAUGGACCAAACGUCACGUCACUUCGCUAAUAUUCAUGAGGAUGCCUUCACAGUAGUGUGAUUCGUAAAUUUUGCUGGCCGGCCGAGGAGGCGUUGUCCCACAUUAGAACGUCACCUUCAUUUAACGCAGAAGCCGGCUAUCCUGGAAAAGGACAGAGGUUUCCCGGUCCUGUGACACACACUGAAUAACCAAUAUAGUGGAUUAUCAGUGUUUUGACUUUGAUUUGUGCUGAAGUGCUUGCGAAAAGGGCUUUUUUUGUAAAAUGAUGAAGAACGGGCAUCAUGUGAUCAGCGCUCCGUCCGCCGCCGCAGCCUGCAGUCCGGAGAAGAGGAGGCGCACUGUCCGCGUCUGGUGCGAUGGAUGCUAUGACAUGGUCCACUAUGGUCAUUCCAACCAACUUCGACAAGCCAAGGCUAUGGGGGACUACCUCAUUGUUGGAGUGCACACUGACGAUGAGAUCUCUAAGCACAAAGGUCCUCCAGUGUUCACUCAGGCUGAGAGAUAUAAGAUGGUGCGAGCCAUCAAGUGGGUGGAUGAGAUCGUGGAAGGAGCUCCAUAUGUCACCACGCUUGAGACUCUGGACAAAUAUUGCUGUGAUUUCUGUGUUCAUGGAGAUGACAUCACUCUUACUGUGGAUGGAAAAGACACAUAUGAAGAAGUGAAACAGUCGGGUAGGUACAGAGAGUGCAAGAGAACCCAGGGUGUGUCCACUACAGACCUGGUUGGCCGCAUGCUGCUUAUGACCAAAGCUCAUCACAGCAACAUGGGCAGUUCAGACUAUCAACAACACACAGACAACUUUGGAAGAGGUCCUAAGGGCCACAGUCCCUGGACAGGAGUAUCACAAUUCCUGCAGACGUCUCAAAAAAUCAUCCAGUUUGCCUCGGGGCAGGAACCGCAGCCAGGAGACACCAUCAUCUAUGUGGCUGGAGCUUUUGACCUCUUCCACAUCGGCCAUGUGGAUUUCCUGGAUGCAGUUUCCCAGCUUUCAGAGAAGCCAUAUGUUAUCGUGGGGUUGCACUUUGAUCAGGAGGUGAAUCGUUACAAGGGGAAAAACUAUCCCAUCAUGAACAUCCAUGAGAGGACUCUGAGUGUGUUGGCUUGUCGAUAUGUCUCUGAGGUUGUUAUAGGAGCACCCUAUGCUGUAACAAAAGACUUACUGGACCAUUUCAAGGUAGACCUGGUGUGCCAUGGGAAAACUGAAGUGUUUCUAGACAGAGAUGGAUCAGACCCAUAUGCUGUUCCCAGGAAAAUGGGAAUAUUGCGAACAGUGGAUAGUGGAAACAGUCUCACCACUGACAACAUUGUGCAGAGGAUCAUCAAAAACAGGUUGCUGUUUGAGGCAAGAAACCAGAAAAAAGAGGCCAAAGAGAUGGCAGUGAUCCAGGCCAUGAAGCGACAAGAAGAGGAGAAUGCUAAAGAGAGAGCACAGGCUGUGCUGUAGGGAAAAAUACAUCUUCAAAGACUAACAAAACCCAGUACAUGCAGUUGACACUUUUUUAAUGUUUCUUCCACAUACUGGACUUACAUACUGUCAGAACACCAGCAGCUGGAAGCACCUUUUAUUGCUGAAUUAGCACGUGUUGUUUUGAGAGCUGUGUGUUCAACCUGAUCUCACGGGAAAACGCAACUAUUUUACGAGGUGGCGAUUUCAUAUUAAUUCAUGCAAUGUGAAUCGUAUGAAAACACACAAUUUUGAGGGAAAAAAGCAUGAAGGUCCACCCCUAGCUAACCACACCUCUAACAUAACCGUCAUUGGGGGAUAAGCAGAUCGUAUGGAAACCAAUUAAUGAGAUUGCAUGAAUUCCUACAAAUUAGCCACCAAUUUGCCAAAACGUAAAAUAAUUACGAACUGCCAUGAGAUUGUCAGUGUGUCCGUUUAGCAGACAUCUGCUUUUGUGAACCUCUCCACUCUCCACACUUUUCAUCAUUCCACUCGGAUCAGAUCUACUCACUGAGUAAGGAAGGAGGCUGGUAUGUGUGCACUUCUGAUGACCAAGAUGACUUACAGUACAUGACCUUUACCUCUACAUGUAAGUCCAGAGAUUCCAGUUUUGCUUGGAAACAUAAGUCCACUGGAAGAGUAUUACAGUCUUCUGUCCUAAUAUGGUUUAUUCAUGAUAAAUAAUUAAUAUAUAUCUGUCAUAAUCAAUGGCUAAUCCUCAUAUGAAGUUUUUUUUUUUUGUAAAGCACUCCAGAAAAGUGAACUGUUCUAUAAAAAAUAGGAUAUGCUGUUUAACAAACAUGCAUUUUAACAUGUUCUUAAAAAAACUUUUUUAUGUUUAUUAUUUUUAACUGAAUCAUUGUAACUGGUCAAAAGGAUAAAGGAACAUGUUUCAGGGUGGCUCUUUUGUUAGAUGGAUUUUUUAUUUCUGUCAUACGUCUACAGAAGUUUUUAUUGGGAAUGAACAGAGGUUUAGAUGUUGAUGUUUUAUUAAAUGUUUUUAAUUGAAGUCACCAUUAUAUUGAUCAGUGUUUGUUUUUAGUUGGGCUCUUCUCUUUCAGCAGUUGCAAUAGUGUUUUCAGAGAACAUUUCUGCAUUGAUAUAAAAAAAAAAGCAGAUCAACUUGUCUACUGUAAUGGCAAUCAAAUGACUGCAUUAAAGUGGUUUAAACAACUGCUUUUUCUGUAGUUUCAUGACUGACUUAAAUAGUAAUGUAAUGAAGUUGAAGCAUUAAUGAACAGAAAGUAAAAUGUAAAAAAAACAAAAAAAGCUGUUGUGAUACAAAGAUCCCUGUAAUUUAACACUGAAGUUCUGUGUGAGAUCUUCCAAAAACGCUACAAAAUGGUUUGUGCUCAUCAUACAAACCUCAACAAUGGUGACAAUCAAAAAAUAUUCAAAUAUAAAUAGUAAAAGAGUUCAGUUGCAUAAUUUAUUCAUGACGUUGGGAGUCAUGAAUGAGCUCUGUAUACUGGCUCCCAUCAUGCAUGAAGCAUGUCACCAUUGUUGAGUUUCAUAUGCAGAUUGUUGAUGUCUAUGAGUGUCUAAAUUAAACCAUAGUUAAUAAC